AUGCCGCUCCGACGGCCGAGUACCUCGGGAGACGGACACUCCGUCGCAUCUUCGUCGCCUUCAUUUUCUUUAGCGGGUACCAAGCGCCGCUUCCCGCUCCUAGGCCGGAAAAAGACCCGAAAUUCGGACCUCCCCCGGCCGUCGUCUGUCGUAUUGCCUUCAACUUCAUCUUCUCAGAAGCUCGCCAACGUCAAGCCCGGCCUCCGAGUACACGUCCAGGUCAAGUUUGAGAGCCCAAUCGGCACCGAGCACGUACGCGACUAUGAGGCCUCACCUCAGCUGAAGGCCUCGGAUCGUAUCUGCCAAGCGCUGCUCUCGCGCCUCCAGCAUUGCUCUGCAGAGCUUAUCACACGCCACGAUUCUACCGCUCUCGACCCACUCCGCAAGCCCCAUCGUGAUGUCAAGCCACUGCGCUAUCGCAUCACAUACCGCGUGGAACGCGAUGGCCUCAUUCUUGUAGAAAAGUCGCUACGCUCUUUCCAGGAGUACGAGCUGACCCAUGACGACGCUCGCGAAGUUGUCAAUGCUACCGACCGCAUUGUUGGCUUGUUUUUGGUGCGCCACGAUCCCGGCUUCCGGUGGUCUGACGCUGCCGAUCCCGAGCCGGCCAACGCCGAGUCCGAAACUGUCCGGCCGUGCACCGGCCGACCGCAAUCCACCGCCUGCAUUCCCCGAUCCCGGUUCGCCAACGACACUCAAUCUUUCGAACUCGUCUCGGGCUAUGCAAUUGAGCUCUUUUUGCGCAGUCGCUGUGCCACCCGCUACCCAGAGAACCGGAAUGCCUCUAUCAAGAUUGAUAGUCGCCAGCCCUCCCCCCUGACCCUCCUUCUCGGCGAGGAGCUGAUGACCCGUGUCUCCAACCUCGUAAUUGACCCUGUCGACUCUUGUAAGCGCAAAUUUGAUAAGCGCCACAAGACUUGCAAUGGGUUUGAGGGUAGCGGUGGCUGCACACACAUUGAGGAUGGUGCCGUUGACAUCAUGGUCAAGGUUCGCAACAACCUUGGCCCUGAUUACACAUACUUUUCCCAUCGCAUCCAAACAAGCAAGGUCUUGUUCAAUGAUCCUCAGGGUCGCGACUUUGACGAGUUCGCCAACCAGGUCAAGGCCAAGCUGGAGAAGGCUCGUGAUAUGACUGACAAGUCUAUGCGUUCUCUGGAUGACCUCACCCUCACUAUCCGUGAACUACGUGGAAAGAAUUGGUCUGUUCACGAACCUCUUGUUGUUCGGCUUGACCACUCGGUCACUUAUUGCCGCCAAACCAUUGAGGCUGUCAUGGAACGCCUUCAGGCUGGCAUCAGCAACGUCCUGGAGCACCAUGAGGAUGCGCUCGCCACCAUGACCGUUCACAAGCGAGGCCACCUCAUCUACGAUGGUUUCCUUGACGGUGCUGGUGGGGAUGAUAGCAUUCCUCUGGAGAAGUUUGCCUCUCCCGACUUAGAGAGAAAGGCCCUCGAGGCUCACCUGAAGGAGCGCAUCCGUUCCGAUAUCACGAUGCUGUGUAAGGACACUUGCGCCAUUGACUGUCCUGACACGCUACCAAACCUGCGUCUCAAGUCAAGAGGUGCUGCUGCCUCCUCCAUCGGAGCGGCAUCGUCGAUUGUACCCCCUCCAUCAAUUGGAGCCACAUCGUCAGUUGCGCCCACCCCCUCGCUGACCGCUUCUGCCUCACUCCCCCGACCCGAGUCUGAGGUUUCCAUGUCGGGAUCUCUGGGCAGCUCCCGUUCCGAGCAUACGCUGUCAAAGAAGAUUGGCCAGACGAACUUGAGAGAUAGCCCUCAGGCUCCUCCCUCGCCCGCAGCUCCUUCGCCUGACCUGCGCCGAGUACCAUCUGGUCUCGAGAUGGCCAAGAAGAACGGUUACAUGGCCGACUUCAUCGCAGACGACGAGAACCAGUCCGAACCCCCGUCUACUCCGAGCUUGGUGGAUACUGAUAGCAUCAGCCCCCGAGACAGUAUCGUUGUAACCCCCAAGUCCUCGCGUGCUUUGGCCCAGGACCAGUCCAACGAGGGACUUCGAAUCAUCGACGACGGACGUAGGAUCAUCUACCAAGAGCAGUCCGACAUGGACGCCAUUGCUAGCGGAGUGGUUCAAUUCCAUCGUCCUAUCAACGACGACGACGAGCCCAUCCAGCUCACAAAAGAGCCUCCGAUCGAGACCCCGGAAAGAAGAGCGGCUCGCCGAUCUCUUGAUACCCGCAUGCCCGACCUCUCUGGCGGCUUGGACUCUCCUUUGGCUGAGCCCAAGAAGGAUGACGCCCCUGUCUCCCCAGCCGCCCAGAAGGAAGAAGAGCCUGAGAAGCCUGCACCUGUGCCUGAGACCCAAGAGGCCAAGGCGGCUGAAGAGAAGCUUCCAACUGAGGGUGUCUUGGAACACUCGAGCACGCCGGCCUCGCCUGUGGUCGAAGAGCUCAAGCCCGAGGAACCUACUCCCAAGCAGACGGAAACACCUGUUGAGGCACCUAAGGCAGCUGAGCCUGAUGCCAAGAUCGAGGUCGCUCCUGAGAAGGAGUCUGUUGACUUGGUACCUCAGGUUGCCGAACCUACCGAAGCUCCCGCUUCGACUGCCCAGAAGAAUGAGACACCUCAUGCUUCGCAAGAUGAGCAGUGGGAGAUGGUCGAUGCUCGCGAUGCUCCGUCAGACCCUCAGGCCAUUGUGCCUCACACAAGAUCUGAGACGAGCUUCGGGACCACCCCUCCAGCCAGCCUUCGUGGAGACGCUGAGACAGCUGAGGCCACUGCGCCUGCUGUCCCUGUCGUAGCUGCUGAGAAGACUGAGGCGGAUGAGAAGGAGACACAACUGGCCAACGAGUCUGAAGUGCAAACUCCAAAGGCCACCCCGGUCGCUCUUGAGGUUACGGAAAGCGACGACGCCUCGAAGAAGCCUCAGGAAGAGACUGUUCUCAACGACUUCCCCAAGCCUCCUUCUACUCACUCUCAGGUUGAAGAGCCUCAAUCUAAGGAGCCGACCGAGCCAGUUGCAGAGACUUCCACUGUUGAUGCACCCAAGCAGGAGCCCUCGGAGGAGCCCGCUCAGGAGAAGGUCGUCAAGUCCAAGGAAACUGUAGUUCCUGAGGAAUCCAAGGAACUGUCUCACAAGGCUGAAGAGGCCUUGCCUGAGACGGUCCGAGGAUCCAGCGACUCCGGCAUCUCUAUGGAGGAGCAGGCCAAGGAGACAGCCAAGGAGGACAAGGUUCAAACGCCUGCCGUUGCCGAAAGCGCCGAGGCGGAACCUUCGCCUUCGGUGCAAGAACCCCUUGCUGUGCCUGCUGCCGAGCAAGCCUCUGAGAAGCCAUCUGAGACUGAUGCUCCCAAGGUCGAAAUCACUGAGUCUCCUGAAGUCGCCCAGGAAGUGAAUGCGGUUGCAAGUGAGCAGCCCAAGCCUGUGGACGACGAUGAAGCUUCGUCUAUCCCUGCCACACCUACCGAGAUGCUUGCAACUCCCCUCGAGACAGUUCUCGAGGAAAUCCCUGACUCAGCCAUCACUGAUGGGUCAGAGUCCCCCAACCUGGAGCCCUCGUCUGCUCUCCGCGAUGGACGUGCUGAGCUGCCACGCAUCGCCUCGGCUCCUCUCAACGCGCUCCCCACGUCUGACUACUUCAGAACGCCUCCUGUGUCCGAGAAGGACCAAGGACCAGCCCCUCCUUCGAUUGAUAGCUCCAACCUUCCCCUGGUACUUGCUCGUCCUCGUCCCCGUACCAACACUCUCCCCUCGCGCCGUUACUCAACCGCGCUGACCCUCGAUAUCGAGGCCGAACCUUUCCACCGCGACGGUGAUGAAUCCCCCACUGGCGAGCCUCCCAAGAGCGCCAGCGGUGUGUGGCACAAGGAUUCGAGCCACCGCCGCCAGCCCUCAGCUGGCUCAGUUGGCUUUGUCGGGCUACAGGAUCAGCGACGCCUACACAGCGUCGGCCUCCGUAGCGCCCUGAUGCCCUACCGCUGGCAAGGAAUGCAGCAGCGUGGACAGGGUGUCUGGGAGGGACGACCCAGCACCUCGCACAGCCAGGUUUAG